AUGAGGCCCAGGGCCCCUUUGCUUUCUUUCUGGGUUUGUGCCUUUGCCAAGACAGGGAUUUUGUUCCCAGGAGGCACUCCCCGGCCCAUGGGAUCUCAGCACUCAAAGCAACAGAGGAAACUUGGGCCCCUGAAACGGGGCCACCGAAGAGAUCGGAGAACAACCAGGAGGAAGUACUGGAAGGAAGGAAGGGAGAUCGCUCGUGUCUUAGAUGAUGAGGGCAGCAACCUGAGACAGCAGAAGCUUGACCGGCAGCGGGCCCUGCUGGAGCAGAAGCAGAAGAAGAAGCGCCAGGAGCCCCUGAUGGUGCAGGCCAAUGCCGACGGGCGGCCCCGAAGCCGGCGGGCCCGGCAGUCGGAGGAGCAGGCCCCCCUGGUGGAGUCCUACCUCAGCAGCAGUGGCAGCACCAGCUACCAAGUUCAGGAGGCCGACGCCCUCGCCAGUGUGCCGCUGGGGGCCGCCCGCCCAGCACCAGCCUCAGCCAAGAGAACCAAGGCCGCGGCCGCCGCAGGGGGCCCGGGCGGGGCCUCCAGGAAGGAGAAGAAGGGGAAGCACAAAGGCACCGGCGGGCCAGUGGCUCUGGCAGAAGACAAGUCUGAGGCCCGAGGCCCAGUGCAGAUCCUGACUGUGGGCCAGUCGGACCACGCCCAGGACGCAGGGGAGACAGCAGCUGGAGGGGGCACACGGCCCAGCGGGCAGGACCUCCAUGCCACGAUGCAGAGGAAGGGCAUCUCCAGCAGCAUGAGCUUCGAUGACGACGACGACGAGGAGGAGGACAGCUCCAGCUCCUCCCAGCUGAACAGCAACACCCGCCCCAGCUCUGCUACUAGUAAAAAGUCUGUCAGGGAGGCAGCCUCAGCCCCCAGCCCAACAGACCCAGAGCCUUCAGCGGAAAUUGAGGUCCAGGACCUCGAGGAGUUUGCGCGGAGGCCCGCCCCCCAGGGCGUCACCAUCAAAUGUCGCAUCACGAGGGACAAGAAGGGGAUGGAUCGGGGCAUGUACCCCACCUACUUCCUGCACCUGGACCGAGAGGAUGGGAAGAAGGUGUUCCUCUUGGCGGGAAGGAAGAGAAAGAAGAGUAAAACUUCCAAUUACCUCAUCUCUGUGGACCCCACAGACUUGUCUCGAGGCGGGGACAGCUACAUCGGGAAACUGCGGUCCAACCUCAUGGGCACCAAGUUCACCGUUUAUGACAAUGGAGUCAACCCCCAGAAGGCAUCCUCUACUCUGGAAGGGGGAACCCUGCGUCAGGAGCUGGCAGCCGUGUGCUACGAGACAAACGUCCUGGGUUUCAAGGGGCCACGGAAGAUGACUGUGAUUGUCCCAGGCAUGAACAUGGUUCACGAGAGAGUCUGCAUCCGGCCCCGCAACGAGCAUGAGACGCUGCUGGCACGCUGGCAGAACAAGCACACGGAGAGCAUCAUCGAGCUGCAGAACAAGACGCCCGUCUGGAACGACGACACACAGUCCUACGUGCUCAACUUCCACGGGCGCGUCACACAGGCCUCCGUGAAGAACUUCCAGGUCAUCCACGGCAACGACCCGGACUACAUCGUGAUGCAGUUUGGCCGCGUGGCGGAGGACGUGUUCACCAUGGAUUACAACUACCCGCUGUGCGCCCUGCAGGCCUUCGCCAUCGCCCUGUCCAGCUUCGACAGCAAGCUGGCCUGUGAAUAGAGGCCUCCUUGAGCCCGCUGUGGUUGCCCAGCCUGGAGCGGAGCCGCCUGCCUGCAGAGACAGCCACCCCUGUACAUAGGCCUCCUGCCAGAUGAACCUGAGGCUGCCAGUGGGCUCCGUGGCCCAGCCAGGAACUGGCCCCUCUGCCCCUCAGUUGAGGCAGCGGAGUGGAGUGUGUGUAAAGGGACCGCAGCGAGUUCGCUCAGUGCCCGAGACCCACACCCCUCCGUGGGUGAGUGUCCUGCUGCAGUUGUGUUGGCCAAGCUGGGAAGGCAGGGAGAAGGGCAGAGGGAGAAAGCACAAUGCAGGGCUGCUGUGGCCCAGCCACCCACUCGGCCCAGAAGUCCAAGGGCGAUGGCUCCCCAACAGAGGGGCACAGCACCUUCCCACUGCAAAGGGCUGGGUAGCCGAGCCUGGCCCUUAACUGCAGAAAGUCCCCAGACUUCCCAAGGUCUCAGCCAGGCCUGGGAGAGGUUGCCAGGGUUGGGGAAGGGUGAGUGGUAGGACCUUGUCAAGACUGCAGGGGCCUGGCUGUGGGAAUUGGCUCGUGGCCUAGGAUUCCAGCUCAUUUGAUUGCUCUAGGUUUCCCGUGUGCAGAGGCAGCAGGCCAGCCCUCAAAGCCAGGAGGAGGGGCCUGCAGGACACAGGCUCAGCCACAGGAGGCGCAGGGACAGGCUUCCUGUCCUGGGAGCCCUGUCAGCUACCCCGGAGCUCUCUGCUGAGUGGCCCCUGCACCCAGCCCCGGGCUGCACACAGGUAGGCGUGCCUGGGCUGCAGCCCCAGGUGCUGCUGCUUCACCCUCCUGCAGUCAGCCCAGGUCCUGGUGGCUGAGGCUUCCCCGUGUGGUUCGUCGGUGGGAAUGGGGCAGGGUGAGGAGGGCAGGGAGUACCUUAGAAUCACUAGAGAUUAGAGGUGGCAGAACCCUUAGAGAUCAAGUAGUACAACUUUUGUCACCUUAGGCAAAUCACUCAAAAAGUGGUACUUGCCCUGGGUCACCUGGGGAGGUUGGUGGCCGAGUCUAGAAUUUCAGCUCACUGGAAUUGUCUCCACCAUCCCCCCCAAACCACUGCCUGUGGUUUUCCGGCCUUCUGGGGCCUAGAAUGGAUGCCCCUGCCCCUUGGCCUGACUCCAGGGACUGAGCAGUGGCAGAGUUUAAACCAUUUCCGUAGGAGACUGGGCAGCUCCAUUCUGAAAGCCAACUGGCUUUUUGUAGUCAGACGGCUCAGGACUGACUGUCUGGAGAGCCCCUCCGGGGAAGGCUGCUGCCCAUGUCUGUAUGUGGGUGCGUGGGGGGGCACGUGUGGGGGCGGGCCUGGCCUCUCCCUCCCGUCCUCCUCUCCCAGAGGAUGUGGGGACACUCAUCUCUUGCCUUUCUGCCGUUUACCCUGGUGGAGGGCACUUGCCCAGAUAGAGUUCAGAAACCAGUGGGCAGCGAGCAGGCGUUGUUCCUCAUUUAAAUAGAUGUGCUUGGAAAGGCUGUGUAGAGACAGAUGUUUUAGGAAAGAAAAGUCCUCUAAUAUGUGAGUGGGGCUCCGGAGCGAGGGGAUGGAGUCCGCUCUCAUGUCCUCGCAGCCCAGGUACCUGCUCCAGCACCAGCGGCCCACACCUGCGGCAUCUCCGGGACAGGCCUCGCCGGUGCUGCGGUUUGUUGACACGGUCUCAUUUCUAGACAGCUCUUUCCAUGGGCCAUUUGAGGUCUGGUCUGCAUCCCAGGAUGUCCUGUGGUACCCUUCCUCCCGCUGUCCCACCUGACUCACAUGAGACCUGCUGACGUUUGAGAUGACAGAAACUAGAUGAUCUCUAACUUCUGGCCAGGCUGUGUCUCUGGCUCUGUGACGAGGUAGCACAGGCUGGUGGUGUGCCCUAGUGAGAGGGGGAUCCUGGUGGCAGAGUGGAGACACCAGAAGCACAAUGGCAAACUCCCGGCUCCUGUCACCUCAGAGACCUGCACAGGAGACAGGGUCAGCUGUGGAAAAGUGUAGCUCAGCAACAAAACCCUCUGUUGGGCCUUAAGUGACAAAGAAGAGCAGUCGAAUCACCUGCUCAAGACCCAGCCUCAGUCUAUUCUUACAGCCCGUUCCUGGUGACGCGGUUUUCCUGACCAUGGCCU